AUGGUCGACCUCACACAAUCCGAACGAGUCAAAGUCUCUCUCUUCUUACCCAAUCAACUCUCUCGUGAGUCUAGAACCAAAAUUUCUCACUUCCUCCGAGAUUGCUCUCCUCACUUGAUACAAAUCCCAGAAAACGAAGGAGAAUUCAAUUGUUACAGUGAUCAAGUCUUGUUGUCUUCCGAGUUGCCUGAUGUGUUCAGCGUGGAUGCUGCCUUCCUGCCACUUCUCGUCAAGAAUGGUCUUAUUGCUCCUCUCUCGGAUGUGAUUAAGGAGGAUUUGUCUCAAUUCAUUCCCAAUUAUCAACCUUUUCAGUUUGCAUUGGAGAGUUGUCGUGUUCAAUCUGAACUGUAUGGAAUCCCAAAUUUAAUUCAAACCAAUGUGGUCUUGCAGAAAGAAUCACCAAGUGAAUUCUCAUCGGAAUUGGAUUUGGCUCAACACAAGGGAUAUGAUUCGAUUGUGUAUCCAGAUGUGGCUUCCUCCGAUGCCUUACAUAUUGUGAAAAAUUAUGCCUUACUACAAGGAAGUAUUACUUCUACGACCACGACCACCACGACUACUGGAGGUGGAGGUAGUGGCGAGAAAGGUGACGUUGUUGUUCCAACAUGUACCAUUUCAUUGAAUGCCUUUCCUGAAAAGCCUGAACAUGCAGAUGAACAUUUUGUGACCUCGUAUCGAACCAUAUUGAAUGCCACUCAAAUCGAAGCUGCCGAAGAUUUGGUUGAAAGUUGUCGUUAUGGAAAAUGUAUUCCAUGUGGAGCCUACAUUGGAAGGCUCGAACUCAUGUGUGGUCUCAAGUCCAAAAUCGAAGAUGAAAAAUGGAAUUUGACACUCUUACCAUUUUUAGGAAAAGGUUCUACCAAAAUUGCUCCAACCGUAUCGUGCAUUGUGUUGAAUUCUCAAUUACAAGGGCAACGAAGACAGGAGGCUCUCAAGUAUAUUCAACGAUUUUUCUCAGACACUCAUGUCGACGAGGUGCUUCAACGUGGAAUGGUCAUUCCGUGCGAUCGAAAUCGUUUGAAUCAAUGGGCCUCAAAUUCGAACAUUUAUCGAGACGUUUUAUUCUGCCUGGAAAAGCAUGAACGCGAAAAUAAUCUUUCAGUAUUGCGUUUUGAUCCAGAACUGACCAAUGUCGAAAUUCAACGAAUUGCCAAGAUUUUACGUCAUCGUUUACAUCAUUUGGCAAUUGCUACCUUGAGAUGUCUCACUGCAGACAUGGUUGAGAAUGCGAAAAGUGGACAUCCAGGUUGUCCCAUUGGUUUAUCACCUGUUGCCUAUGUCUUGUGGAAAUAUUUCUAUAGAAGUACUUGUAAAAAUCCAGCAUGGUUUAAUCGUGAUCGAUUCAUUCUCUCGAAUGGACAUGGAUGUGCCCUACAGUAUGCUUUAUUACAUUUGACAGGUUAUGAAUCCAUGCCCAUGGAAGAAUUGAAACGUCUUCGAAAAAUCGAUUCCAAAACACCUGGUCACCCAGAGUGGCGCCACACAGAAGGAAUCGAAGCUACCACUGGACCUCUUGGUCAAGGAGUUUGCAAUUCGGUGGGAAUGGCACUCGCAGAAGCACAUUUGGCCGCUCGAUUCAAUAAGGAAGAUUUGAAACUCUUCAAUCACUAUGUCUUUACGUUCUGCAGUGAUGGAGACAUGAUGGAGGGAAUGUGUAAUGAAGGAUUGUCUUUUGCAGGACAUCAGAAAUUGAACAAACUGAUCAUGUUUUAUGACGACAACAAGAUUACCAUUGAUGGAAGUACCACACUUGCUUUCACACAAGACACAGCCACAGUGGCAAGAGGAUUUGGAUGGCACGUGAUUGAGGUGGUCGAUGCAGAUUCAAAUUUAUUGGCGAUCAAAAAUGCAAUUAAGGCAGCUCAACUCGUCACUCAAAAGCCAUCCUUAAUUAUUUGUAAAACAUCGAUUGGAUACGCCACCAAGCAUGAAGGAUCUGCCAAAGCACACGGAUCAGCUCUCGGAGCAGAUUCUGUAAAUUACUUGAAACAGCUCUGUGGUUUUGACACACAACAAACAUUUUUCAUUCCCACUCAAGUUCGAGAGGAUUUCAAAAAAAUUGCCGAUCGAAAUGCACAAUUAUAUGAACAGUGGAACGAGGUUGCUCACAACUAUUCACAAAAGUAUCCAUCCGAAUGGGAAACCAUCAUGAGAAUGAGUCGACAAGAAUUAGAUGGUGAUAUCGAACCAUUACUUCCCAAUUUCGAAAAAGAAGAACAAGAAGGAAAAGAACUCGCCACUCGAAUGACGUCACACAUUGUGCUAAAUUCCAUUAUUCGUGUGAUGCCUGGUCUUGUGGGAGGUUCUGCCGAUUUGACACCUUCAAAUUUGACAGAUAUUGAAGGAGGAUUAGAUUUCCAACCACAACAACGUCACGGAAGAUAUAUUCGAUUUGGAGUGAGAGAACAUGGAAUGGUUGCCAUAUCGAAUGGAAUUCUGUAUCAUGGUUUAUUGAGAUCUUAUGUGGGCACGUUUUUGAAUUUUGCAUCGUAUGCUUUGGGAGCUCUUCGUCUCUCUGCAUUGGCCCACAUUCCAAAUAUAUACGUCUUGACACAUGACAGUAUUGGAUUGGGAGAAGAUGGACCUACCCAUCAACCUAUUGAAGUUAUACCUGUUCUUCGUGCCAUUCCAAAUCUUGUAGUGAUUCGUCCAGCAGAUGGAAGAGAAACUUCUGGUGCUUAUUUAUUUGCUGCGAAGAGUAAGGCCAUACCAACGUGUUUAAUUUUGACACGACAAAAUGUGCCUCAAAUUCGAAACACAGACAUUCACAAAACUCUUAAGGGAGCCUAUUUACUUGAAUCUUCUUCACAAAAUCCAGAUAUUAUUUUAAUAGCUACAGGAUCAGAGGUUCAAAUUAUUGUGAAGGCUUCUAAAAUGUUGAAAGAAGAGCAUGGGCUUCAAGUCAAUACUGUGAGCAUGCCAAGUUGGGAAUUAUUCGAAAUGCAACCACGUGAGUAUAAGGAUCAAAUUUUCAUUCAGGGAGUUCCAGUCUUGUCUGUGGAAGCUUCUUCUCCUCAGGGAUGGAUUGGAAAGUACUCACACUUUGCAUUGGGAAUGACUACUUUUGGAGCAAGUGGUGCCUAUCAAGAUAUUUACAAGAAAGUUGGAAUUACUCCAGAGAAUACGGUUGAUAAGGCCUUAAAAUUGAUUUCAAAAUUUAAAAAGUCUGCUCCACCUUUGUUGUAUGCGUCAGUUCUGGACGAAUAG